GAUUUUUAAGAAAAAAAAAAUGGUCACAAUCGUCUUGGGCAGUCAAUGGGGGGACGAAGGAAAGGGGAAGAUCACAGAUUUACUCUCGCAGGAUGCAACUCUCUGCUGCCGUGCCGCUGGCGGCCACAAUGCCGGUCAUACCAUUGUUCAUGACUCGGUCACCUACGACUUCCAUAUCCUCCCGUCAGGUCUCGUCUCGCCGAAAUGCGUCAACCUGAUCGGCGCGGGCACAGUGUUCCAUGUGCCCAGUUUCUUCAAGGAGCUGGGUGCCCUGGAAGGCAAGGGUCUGAAGGGUGCGGCGCAGCGGGCGUUUGUUGCGGACCGUGCCCACGUCUGCUUCGACCUGCACUCGGUCGUGGACGGGCUCGAGGAAGCCGGUCUGGGCGGCCGCAAGGUCGGCACGACGGGCAAGGGAAUCGGCCCUUGCUACGCUGACAAGGCGGCGCGGCGCGGCGUGCGGGUCGGGGAGAUCUUCGACGAAGCCGUCUUUGAGCGCAAGCUGCGCGCCCUGGACGCCGGCUACCGCGCCCGCUUCGGCGACCUCGCCUACGACGUCGAAGAGGAGAUUGCCCGCUUCCGCGAGUACCGCACGACGCUCAAGCCGCACGUUGUCGACCAGCUGGACUUUAUGCAGAAGCACACCAACAGCCAGGACGGCACGGCGGCCAACACUCUGAUCGAGGGCGCCAACGCCCUCAUGCUCGACCUCGACCACGGCACGUACCCGUUCGUGACCUCUUCGUCGACCGGCCUGGGCGGCGCCAUCCAGGGCCUCUCGCUGAACCCGACCAGCAUCAAGAGCAUCAUCGGCGUGCUCAAGGCGUACACCACCCGUGUGGGAUCCGGUCCUUUCCCCUCCGAACAGCUCAACGCCGUCGGCGAGAAGCUCCAGGCCGCCGGUAAGGAGGUCGGCGUCACCACCGGCCGCAAGCGUCGUUGCGGCUGGCUCGACCUCGUCCUCGCCCGCUACUCCCACGCCGUCAACCACUACACCGCCCUCAACCUGACCAAGCUCGACAUCCUCGACGACUUUGACGAGAUCAAGGUCGGUGUCGCCUACCGCCUCCCCGACGGCUCCCGCACCACGGGUUCCUUCCCUGCCGACGCCGCCGUCGUCGACAAGAUCGAGGUCGAAUACGUCACCCUCCCCGGCUGGAAGUCCUCCACCAUGGGUCUCACCCGCUACGAGGACCUCCCCGUCAACGCCCGCGCCUACGUCGAGUUCAUCGAGAAGGAGCUCGGUGGCGUCCCCAUCAAAUGGAUCGGUACGGGGCCUGCCCGGGACCACAUGAUCGUCCGUCAGUGAUUCCUUCCUCUCUCUCAAGUCCGUGCCUUUUCUUCACUCUCUUGUAAAUUGCCAUAGAAAAUGGUGUGAUAAGAAUAAGAUGGGUGGGGUUUCUCUUUGAUGGUUCGCGUCUAUCCCUUGAAUAGAUGUGUCUGUUCCCCCUUGAAUAGCCAU